CAGUCCUCUUCGGAACUCAGUCGAGAGCACAUGUGUCAUCGCCAAUGAAAAUAGUGACGAUAAAAAUAUAAAAUCGUUUUUUUAUUCUUUCAAUACAACCGUGAAGUGAUUUAAUAAUAAAAUUGGAGUUUGGAUUUUCCUACUAUUUAUAUUGCCUGUCACAACCAGGGCUGUUCCUCAUAGUUUUUGAGUGGCAGCAUGAGUUGUCUGUAACACGUUGUGGCGUUCGUGAGGUGUGUGUGAGGUGCGCGGCACGAUGACUUCGGAGCGGGCCAUCCCGCAUCUGCGAGACAUCUUCAGCCUGAACCAGCAGUACGAUGGCAAGGCGUACGAUGACGACGACACAAACAAGAAGGCCGCACGGAAGAAGAAAGAAGACUACCGUACCUACACCAAUGGCGACGUCAAGACCCUCGAAAGGCAUCUCAGUAUGAAGAAAACGAUAAGGAAAAAGAUCAUGCGCGACCUUCAGCAGGCAUUCGUUGAAGACCCUAACGAGUUUAAGGUCGAGAACACGAGCCCGGAAAAGUUGAAAGCGGAACUGAGCGCAGAGGCAGUUAAAAUCGAGAAGAACGUUCGCAAGAAUGAUCCGACUUUCUUAGACAUGCUGCGCGGAGAGACCAGGGGCGAGGAGACGCGGGAGGAGCAGCCACCCGCCGAAAAGACCAGCUUCUGGCGACGGCUCACCAUGAAGAAUAAAAAUAAGAGAUAAUUGAAGAGCGGCAGCCGAACACCUCUUACUCCGUUUUAUAACCACAUUUUCUAGGAGAUCGGGACUCCAAUUAAGAAAUUUUCUGAUGGCAGCUCAAAGAUCUCGAUUUAAUUUUAUCGAUUCUCAAUCUCCUAGGGAAUACUUUAUUGAUCUCUGUGUCAAUUACUUAAUUGAAUGUUCUAUAAAAUAUUUUAAUGAAUUAAGUAACAGAAGUGAAGCCGACUUUUGAAGCAAAUUAAUGUCAUAUCGUAUACAUUUUAAUCACCGACUGAUCUUGUAAAUCUUUACACUGCCUCUGGUUGACUAUUUCUGUACAUUGUAUUUUUAUAUACUAAGUAUUUGAGAUUAUUGUUUUUCAAAUAAUUGUAAUUUUUUUAUUCCGCUAUUGUGGCAAACCGAAGAGUUUGUAACAUUUUCAUUUUAUAAUUAAAUCCUCUAUUGGGAACGAAAGUAAUGUGAAUAUUAAAUUUCAAUCUGGCAACUUUUAAUUUAACAUUUACUGUUGUCAUUGCUUUAUGCUUACAUUUCAAACGGAAAAUUCAAUGAAAAAUCGGAAUAAAAUUGUUAAAAUAUGGCGCUGAAUGUAUUUUUAUCCGAGUAAUCGCUAAUGUUUUUAAUAAUUAUAAUAUUGUAAAUGCAAUUAUUAUGCAUGUGUUUAUAUUUAAAACUAUACUGCAUAAAGAUAGAAAGCAAAAAAGUCUAUUGACCUGAAUUUUACUAACAGUGGAUUUCUGAUACCAAAAUCUCUUGUGUAAAUCAUACUGCUAUCUCUGUUUUGUCAAAGAUAAAAGACAGGGAUAACGAUAUGUUUUAUACAGAGAUUUUAGUCUUAGAAGCCCAUGAUAAAUGUAUUACCUGUCAUUUUUAUAUUCCGUAUAUUUGACCACGAGUUAUUCCUGUUGUAUUUGAUAUUAAGAUGUAUGCAUUUACUCUGGGAACUUUUAAAUGUACUUAACAUGAGCUCUAGUUGUAAAAUGCAUAAUAUUAAGUUUUAUAUUGUCUAUGUCUUGUUUAGGUUAAGCUUACGGGUUGGAACGGAGUAAGGAGUAAUAUCGGUAAAUGUGGCUUAUUAUUAUUAAAACAAUCUCGUUUUUAUGUGAUGUAAUUAAGUCGGAAAGUAUGUAAUAAGCGAUAAUAAGUGGUCCCUAAAUGUAGUUUAAGGUAGGCUCGUGGCAAUUCCCUGUUGUGACAUUUUUUUAUCAUAAUUAUUAUCCUAUAUAAAGUGAUUUUACACGUUUA